AUGGUGUUAUAGCCCAACGAGAUGAUCGGAAUAAUCAAGUAUUGCAGUUGCAACAAGAUGUCAAUUAUUUUAGACAGCAAAAUGCUAAUCUCCAGAAUCAAGUUAAUCAGCUUAUUCAGGAGCGGGAUACCUUGCAGAAUCGCGUCAACCAACUUAUACCAGAACGAGAUACCUUGCAGAAUCGCGUCAACCAACUUAUAUCAGAACGAGAUACUUUGCGGAAUCGUAUCAAUCAACUUGCUCGGGAUCUUAAUAACAGCCAACAAGGAUAUAUUUUGCGAGGGCGUUUGUGGCAUAAUGCAAGUCUGAUAUGGAAUGAACAGUCAAAACUCAAACGUACUCUCGAAAUUAUUUAUAAGUCUACACAGCCUACUUCUUCUCGAAGACAAGAAGGACGAUUAUUACGACCCAGUCAAAUGGAACCAGGUGAAAUAUAUCGGGGACCUAAUUUACGCUUGAAUGACCCAGAAUGGCUUCGAAUGGAUGAGGCGACAGAUCGUCUUAGUGCUUUAGCAGGCUGGAAACUUCGUAUUUACGCGCUGGGUGUUGCUGGAAGACUCUUCCAUCUGGUGCUCGUGGAAGAGGUGGCUCUACCGUCUUCACGCUGCGACUUGGUCAACCUGCGACACGCCUACCGCGUCAUGCUAGCGUUCACCGACAAGUUAAACAUGGCAUGGCGAAGAGGCAGUUGGAUGCGUUGA